CUUGCCGAUGACCGUACAGUACAGAGGUAUCGCUAACGAUAGACAUUAUUGUGCUGUGUGUAAUUUCAAUGUAAAAUGGAUUUUACUGGAAAAGUGGUAAUAAUAACCGGUGGAAGCAGCGGUAUCGGUGCUGAUGCGGCUCGCCAUUUAGCCAAAUUGGGAGCUAGUGUUGCAAUUAUUGGACGAAACGAACAACGUUUGAAUGCAGUGGCUGAACAAAUUAUUCAAGCCGGAUCACCGAAACCAUUGCAAAUCGUUGCCGAUAUUACACAAGAUGCCGAACGUAUCAUCAACGAGACCGUUAACCAUUUCGGUCGUCUUGAUGUUCUUUUGAAUAAUGCGGGAAUAGUUAUUGCGGAUUCGGUGAUCGGUUUCGAUGUUGCUAAUUUCGACCGAAUUCUGAACACAAAUUUACGCGGUGCAAUGAUUCUAACAAGUUUGGCCGUUCCACAUUUGGAGAAAACGAACGGGAACAUUGUGAACAUAUCGAGUGUGGCGGGAAUCAAAGCAUUAGGCAUGUACACGUCUUACUGCAUAUCGAAAGCGGGUCUUGACCAAUUCACAAAGUGUGCAGCCAUUACCCUGGGUCCGAAAGGAAUUCGAGUGAAUUCUGUCAAUGCCGGACUAAUUCGAACGCCAAUUUUUAAUACAAUCGGAGUCACUGAUGCGGACGUAGAGCAAUUCUUCGAAGCUCGUAGUAAAGAUUAUUUGGUGGGUCGAGUCGGUGAAGUAUCGGAUACGAGCUCUGCCAUUGCCUAUUUGGCAUCUGCACCAUUUAUAACCGGUAUUUUAUUACCAGUUGAUGGUGGUAGUUUGUGCAAUGGUCAGUUCAGUGCUCCUGUAGAUUAAACAUCGAAUGCUCUCUACUGGUCCUAAUCUAUUGCUGUAAUCGAUUCAGAUUCGAUGGAUUGAAAAAUAAAUUUUUAGUUCAUUCAAA